GGGCCGCGCGGCUCAGGCAGUCGAGGCGCGAGGCUGCAGCGGCGGAGCCGGAGUCGGAGCCGGGAGCGCGAGCGGCAGCCGGAUCGCAGCCUGCGGGGCCCGCCGCAGCCAUGGGCAACCGCGGCAUGGAAGAUCUCAUCCCGCUGGUCAACCGGCUGCAAGACGCCUUCUCUGCCAUCGGCCAGAACGCGGACCUCGACCUGCCGCAGAUCGCCGUGGUGGGCGGCCAGAGCGCCGGCAAGAGCUCGGUGCUCGAGAAUUUCGUAGGCAGGGAUUUCCUGCCCCGAGGAUCUGGCAUUGUCACCCGACGUCCCCUGGUCUUGCAGCUGGUCAAUGCAACCACAGAAUAUGCCGAGUUCCUGCACUGCAAGGGAAAGAAAUUCACCGACUUCGAGGAGGUGCGCCUUGAGAUCGAGGCCGAGACCGACCGGGUCACCGGCACCAACAAGGGCAUCUCGCCGGUGCCUAUCAACCUCCGCGUCUACUCGCCGCAUGUGCUGAACCUGACCCUGGUGGACCUGCCCGGAAUGACCAAGGUCCCGGUGGGGGACCAACCUCCCGACAUCGAGUUCCAGAUCCGGGACAUGCUUAUGCAGUUUGUCACCAAGGAGAACUGCCUCAUCCUGGCCGUGUCCCCUGCCAACUCUGACCUGGCCAAUUCUGACGCCCUCAAGGUCGCCAAGGAGGUGGACCCCCAGGGCCAGCGCACCAUCGGGGUCAUCACCAAGCUGGACCUGAUGGACGAGGGCACAGAUGCCCGUGACGUGCUGGAGAACAAGCUGCUCCCCCUGCGCAGAGGCUACAUUGGGGUGGUGAACCGGAGCCAGAAGGACAUUGAUGGCAAGAAGGACAUUACCGCCGCCUUGGCUGCUGAACGAAAAUUCUUCCUCUCCCAUCCAUCGUAUCGCCACUUGGCUGACCGUAUGGGCACGCCCUACCUGCAGAAGGUCCUCAAUCAGCAACUGACGAACCACAUCCGGGACACGCUGCCGGGGCUGCGGAACAAGCUGCAGAGCCAGCUGCUGUCCAUUGAGAAGGAGGUGGAGGAGUACAAGAACUUCCGCCCUGAUGACCCGGCUCGCAAGACCAAGGCCCUGCUGCAGAUGGUCCAGCAGUUCGCCGUAGACUUUGAGAAGCGCAUUGAGGGCUCAGGAGAUCAGAUCGACACCUAUGAACUGUCAGGGGGAGCCCGCAUUAACCGAAUCUUCCACGAGCGCUUCCCCUUUGAGCUGGUCAAGAUGGAGUUUGACGAGAAGGAACUUCGAAGGGAGAUCAGUUAUGCUAUCAAGAAUAUCCAUGGCAUUAGAACGGGGCUGUUUACCCCAGACAUGGCCUUUGAGACCAUUGUGAAAAAGCAGGUGAAGAAGAUCCGAGAACCGUGUCUCAAGUGUGUGGACAUGGUUAUCUCGGAGCUAAUCAGCACCGUUAGACAGUGCACCAAGAAGCUCCAGCAGUACCCACGGCUGCGGGAGGAGAUGGAGCGCAUCGUGACCACCCACAUCCGGGAGCGUGAGGGCCGCACCAAGGAGCAGGUCAUGCUUCUCAUCGAUAUCGAGCUGGCUUACAUGAACACCAACCAUGAGGACUUCAUAGGCUUUGCCAAUGCUCAGCAGAGGAGUAACCAGAUGAACAAGAAGAAGACUUCAGGGAACCAGGAUGAGAUUCUGGUCAUCCGCAAGGGCUGGCUGACUAUCAAUAAUAUUGGCAUCAUGAAAGGGGGCUCCAAGGAGUACUGGUUUGUGCUGACCGCUGAGAAUCUGUCCUGGUACAAGGAUGAUGAGGGUGCACAGAAGCCCCUGCCACCUCCUUCCCGUUGCUGGUCUCCUUUAAGAACGAGUCUAUUUGGCUUUCACAUCUGGAUUCCAGAGGAGAAAGAGAAGAAAUACAUGCUGUCUGUGGACAACCUCAAGCUGCGGGACGUGGAGAAGGGCUUCAUGUCGAGCAAGCACAUCUUUGCCCUCUUUAACACGGAGCAGAGGAAUGUCUACAAGGAUUAUCGGCAGCUGGAGCUGGCCUGUGAGACACAGGAGGAGGUGGACAGCUGGAAGGCCUCCUUCUUGAGGGCUGGCGUAUACCCUGAGCGUGUUGGGGACAAAGAGAAAGCCAGUGAGACCGAGGAGAAUGGCUCCGACAGCUUCAUGCAUUCCAUGGACCCACAGCUGGAACGGCAAGUGGAGACCAUCCGGAAUCUUGUGGACUCGUACAUGGCCAUUGUCAACAAGACCGUGCGGGACCUCAUGCCCAAAACCAUCAUGCACCUCAUGAUUAACAAUACCAAGGAGUUCAUCUUCUCGGAGCUGCUGGCCAACCUGUACUCGUGUGGAGACCAGAACACGCUGAUGGAGGAGUCGGCGGAGCAGGCACAGCGGCGCGACGAGAUGCUGCGCAUGUACCACGCGCUGAAGGAGGCGCUCAGCAUCAUCGGCGACAUCAAUACGACCACCGUCAGCACGCCCAUGCCCCCGCCCGUGGACGACUCCUGGCUGCAGGUGCAGAGCGUACCGGCCGGACGCAGGUCGCCCACGUCCAGCCCCACGCCGCAGCGCCGAGCCCCCGCCGUGCCCCCAGCCCGGCCCGGGUCGCGGGGCCCUGCUCCUGGGCCUCCGCCUGCUGGGUCCGCCCUGGGGGGGGCGCCCCCCGUGCCCUCCAGGCCGGGGGCUUCCCCUGACCCUUUCGGCCCUCCCCCUCAGGUGCCCUCGCGCCCCAACCGCGCCCCGCCCGGGGUCCCCAGCAGGAAGGGCCCAGCCUCACCUACGCGACCUGCAGCCCCCCGACCAGCCGAGGCUCCCCUCUUAGACUUAUAAGUCUAUGGCCACUGGCAUCCAGCUGCCUGCCCUCCCUGCCUCCCCCAGGGUCAUUUCAUAGGGUCCUGGGUUUUCUGACCACCGAGAAGGGCCUCUGGCGCUCCCUCCAGCCAUCCCUUUUAGUUUCACCCUCCUGGUUCAAGCAGUGUUCUUUCUCUAUCAGGCCUGGUGGCUGUUGCGUGGGGCUCCCCAAGGCAAGGGGUGGCCCUGGGCCGGAGGGUUGGAAGACAGGGUGACCAGAGAAGAGGGAAGCCCAAGGGGGCCGAGCAUCAGCUUGAACUGUGGGUGCCCUGCCUGGGUGCUGUGUGAGAGGCCAGCGUGUGUGGGGUGGGGAGGGCCGCCACAGCCCCCAGGCGAUACCGGUGAAGCUACAGCUCCUCCCUCCAUCUUCCUCCCCUUUUCCUUCCAGCCCCUCUUUUCCAGGAACCUUGCCACACCCACACCUGUGCCCUCCCCUCCCCGGCCCUCCCACCACACCGCCGGUGUGGCCUGCCCCGGCCCGUGUGCUGCACUUGCCUUACCAGCUCUCUCCUCGCUUUUCUCUCCCGUUUUCUCUUUGCUUUCUCUCCAACUGCCAGCCGAUCGGGUCAGGCAAGUCCAUCCCGUCCUGAGAGCCCCAGGCCCCCCUUCGACCUCUAAACAGAUCCCUCCUCUUCUCGGAGACCUCCCUUUCCAAGCCUGCCUGGACGGCUGUUCUGUGACUUGACAGUGGCUUCCCUAGCCCCAAAGCCAGCCCCCUUCAUCUGUGACUUAGUCUGUUGUAGUGGUGAGCUGACACCUCCAGGCGUGACCAUUGGUGAAAACUUGUGCCCCUUCUGUGGUAUGCCCUUGCCUUGUUCUAUAAAUAUCUAUAAAUACUCAUAUAUAUACACACCUACACAUGGCCGACCGCCUCGCCUCUAGCGCUGGGAAUCAGUCACUGUGCUGUCCUUGUGGAGUCUUGUGGCCCAACUACAAGAGAACGCUGUCCCCUGACAUCCCCCUCCGAAGUGUGCCACCUCCAGUGAGCCUCCCUGUCAUGCCCAGCCUGUGGGCAGCCAGCCCCCGCCAUACCUCCCGCCCCCUACCAAGCAUGGGGGUGCUGUGCAGGCAGCCGUGUGGCCUGACAGUCUCUACCAGUCCUGCUGUCCCUCGGCUGAGAAUAAAACCUAUUUCUGGAUGACGGGGAAUG